GGUCGAUCUCUCUCCGUGCUCAGUUGCUCUCUGAAUUUGCUGGAGUGAGCUGUUUUGCGGAUAAGCCCCGGAAUAUUCCUUCCAUAUAAGGUAUAUUUUUCUAUUGGAGUGACAUUUAAUCAAAAUGGCCGAAAACAGAGCUACCAAGUCUGGAUUAGCAGCUGAAGCUCAUAGCAAGAUCCAGUCCAAAUAUGAUCCUGCCCUAGCUAGCCAAAUUCUACUUUGGAUGAAGGAUGUGAUGGGCCUCGAAGAUAUCGACACUUCUGGUGAAAGGGAACCCUUCUAUCAACUUUUGAAAGACGGACAGGUGUUGUGCAGGCUUAUAAAUGUACUUCAACCAGGAUCCAUCCCUGAGAAGAAAAUUAACAACACCAAAAUGGCUUUCAAGUGCAUGGAAAAUAUUAAUCUCUUCUUAGACCAGGUGAAGAAAUUGGGAGUUCCAGCAGAAGAAACAUUCCAAACUGUUGACUUAUGGGAACAACAAAACCUUACAUCUGUUCUCAUCUGCUUACAAUCCCUAGCCAGAAAAGCAUCCAAAUUUGGCUUUAAGAGCAUUGGACCAAAGGAAGCAGAAGCCAAUGUCCGCCAGUUUACUGACGAGCAACUAAAGGCAGGACAAGGUGUAAUCAGUCUUCAGUAUGGCUCUAAUAAGGGUGCCAACCAAAGUGGUAUUAAUUUUGGAAACACACGCCACAUGUGAACCAUGUUAUGUGCGAAAGAACUGCCAUUUGUGUAUUUUUGUGCUGUUUUUCCUGUAUUCACUUAAACUGAAGAUAUGAAUUUUUUUUCAGCCUUCCAAAACCAAUACAUAUUCCUACAAAUGAAAUAUAGCUUGAACAAAAAUGUCAACAAUAUUCUAUUUUAGCUUGUUAUUUUACACUCAGAUAAUUUAUAUUUUCUGUUUGCAAGCUAUGUAUUAAAAGUAGAAUUUUAUAAAAUAUGUCCAAGGACAGUUCAUAGUUAUGUCUAAAUAAGCUUCAUUUAUAUCAAAAUAUUUAUUUUGGGCCAAAAACAUUUGCAAACAUUCCUAUAUGUAAUACUGCACAUAUGGUAAUAUCCUAUGAUGUAACCUGAUGCAAAAAAAUUGUUUAAAUAUUUGUAUAACGAGAAUUUUAAUAAAAACAUUUUAAAAAGUUUA